AUUGUAUGGUAUAAUGCAUCGAAAAUAUACAUCUCCAUAUUCACAACAGCAACCAUCAUUCAUGAGGUUAUGGAAAUCAUCAUCCUCAAAAGCGUAAUAGCUCUACUUCUCUUGCUUUCUGUAGUUUGUUUUGGGUUUUGCACUGCCAUCGACACCAUGACCUCCACUCGAUUCAUCGAAGACCCUGAAACUCUAGUCUCUAAUGGAAGUGCCUUCAAACUGGGUUUCUUUAGCCUUGCCGAUUCAACCAACCGCUACGUUGGUAUCUGGUACAGCACCCCUUCUUUAUCAACUGUCAUAUGGGUGGCUAACAGGGACAAACCCCUCAAUGAUUCCUCUGGGAUUGUGACCAUAUCCGAAGAUGGUAAUCUUCAGGUUAUGAAUGGCCAGAAAGAGAUUGUCUGGUCCUCAUAUGUUUCAAAUGCAUCAGCAAACUCAAGUGCUCAGCUUUUGGAUUCUGGAAACCUUGUUCUGCAAGAUAACAGCGGAAGGAUCACAUGGGAGAGCAUCCAACAUCCUUCUCAUUCACUUUUGCCAAAGAUGAAAAUCAGCACUAAUACAAAUACUGGUGAGAAGGUAGUACUAACAUCAUGGAAAUCUCCCUCUGAUCCAUCUAUUGGAAGCUUCUCUUUAGGAAUGAAUCCUCUAAACAUUCCCCAAGUAUUCAUCUGGAAUGGCAGUCAUCCAUAUUGGAGAAGUGGUCCAUGGAGCAGUCAGAUAUUUAUUGGAAUACCCGACAUGGAUUCAGUUUUCCGCAGUGGAUUUCAGGUAGUUGAUGAUAAAGAAGGUACUGUUUAUGGAACUUUUACUCAGGCAAAUUCCUCCAUCUUUUUAUGCUUUGUCUUGACUUCCCAAGGAUCACUAGUGCAAACAGAUAGGGAGUACGGGAAGGAGGAGUGGGGGGUUACUUGGAGGAGCAAUAAUAGUGAGUGUGAUGUUUAUGGUACAUGUGGGGCAUUUGGAAUCUGUAAUUCAGGGAAUUCACCAAUUUGCAGCUGUUUGAGAGGGUACAAGCCAAAGUAUACAGAGGAAUGGAGUAGAGGAAAUUGGACUAGUGGGUGUGUGAGGAAGACACCAUUACAAUGUGAAAGAACAAACAGCAGCGGUCAACAGGGCAAGAUAGAUGGAUUUUUUAGGCUAACAACAGUGAAAGUUCCAGACUAUGCAGAUUGGUCUCUUGCAGACGAAGAUGAAUGCAGAGAGGAGUGUUUGAAGAAUUGUUCUUGUAUUGCUUAUUCAUAUUAUAGUGGCAUCGGUUGUAUGACAUGGAGCGGAAGUUUGAUUGAUUUGCAACAAUUCACUAAAGGCAGGGCAGAUCUUUACAUUCGCCUUGCACAUUCAGAACUAGAUAAGAAGAGAGAUAUGAAAGCAAUUAUUUCUGUUACAAUUGUAGUAGGAACAAUUGCCAUUACCAUCUGUACAUAUUUCUUAUGGAGGUGGAUAGGCAGACAAGCAGUGAAGGAGAAAAGCAAGGAGAUUUUACCAUCUGACAGGGGGGAUGCAUAUCAAAAUUAUGAUAUGAAUAUGCUUGGAGAUAACGUGAACCGAGUUAAACUUGAGGAGUUACCCCUUCUGGACUUUGAGAAGCUGGCAGCUGCAACAAACAACUUUCAUGAGGCCAAUAAGCUCGGGCAGGGUGGUUUUGGUCCAGUAUACAGGGGUAACUUGCCAGGAGGACAAGAAAUAGCAGUGAAAAGACUUUCAAGAGCAUCUGCACAGGGUCAAGAAGAAUUCAUGAAUGAGAUGAUACUGAUUUCUAAAAUCCAACACCGGAAUCUUGUUAGACUUCUUGGCUUCUGCAUUGAAGGGGACGAAAAGUUGUUGAUCUACGAGUACAUGCCAAACAAAAGCUUGGAUGCCUUUCUCUUUGAUCCUCUCAAGAGAGAGUCUCUGGAUUGGAGAAGACGCUUUAGCAUUAUUGAAGGGAUUGGAAGGGGCCUCCUUUACCUUCACAGGGAUUCUAGAUUAAAAAUCAUUCAUCGAGACCUAAAGGCAAGUAACAUUUUGUUGGAUGAAGACCUGAAUGCUAAGAUUUCAGACUUUGGUAUGGCAAGGAUAUUUGGAAGCAAUCAGGAUCAAGCCAAUACAAUGAGGGUCGUGGGAACGUAUGGUUAUAUGUCCCCUGAGUAUGCAAUGGGAGGACAAUUUUCAGAAAAAUCUGAUGUAUUCAGCUUUGGGGUGUUGUUAUUAGAGACCGUAAGUGGGAGAAGGAACACUAGCUUUCAAUAUGAUGACCAGUACAUGAGCCUUUUGGGAUAUGCAUGGACACUAUGGUGCGAACACAACAUCCAAGAACUAAUAGUUGGAGCUAUAGCAGAUGCAUGCUUCCAAGAGGAGAUAUCAAGAUGCAUACAUGUGGGACUGUUAUGUGUGCAAGAAUCAGCUAAAGAUAGGCCAUCCAUGUCAACUGUUCUGUCUAUGCUCUCUAAUGAAAUUGCACAUCUCCCUCCCCCAAAGCAACCUCCAUUCUUAGAGAAGCAGAUUGCGAUAGAUACCGAGUCUUCUCAACCGAGACAAAAUGAAUCUUCUUCCAAUCAAGUCACUGUUACAAUCAUUCAGGGCCGAAGAUGGAAAAUGUCAAAACAUCAUUGUAUGGCAUAUGCAUCGAAAAUAUACAUCUCCAUAUUCACAACAGCAACCAUCAUUCAAGAGGUUAUGGAAAUCAUCAGCCCCAAAAGCGUAAUAGCUCUACUUCUCUUGCUUUCUGUAAUUUGUUUUGGGUUUGGCACUGCCAUCGACACCAUGACCUCCACUCGCUUCAUCGAAGACCCUGAAACUCUAGUCUCUGAUGGAAGUGCCUUCAAACUGGGUUUCUUUAGCCUUGCCGAUUCAACCAACCGCUACGUUGGUAUCUGGUACAGUACCCCUUCUUUAUCUACUAUCAUAUGGGUGGCUAACAGGGACAAACCCCUCAAUGAUUCCUCUGGACUUGUGACCAUAUCUGAAGAUGGUAAUCUUCUGGUUAUGAACGGCCAGAAAGAGAUUGUCUGGUCCUCAAAUGUUUCAAAUGCAGCAGCAAAUUCAAGUGCUCAGCUUUUAGAUUCUGGAAACCUUGUUCUGCGAGAUAACAGCGGAAGGAUCACAUGGGAGAGCAUCCAACAUCCUUCUCAUUCAUUUUUGCCAAAGAUGAAAAUCAGCGCUGAUACAGACAGUGGUGAGAAGGUAGUACUAACAUCAUGGAAAUCUCCCUCUGAUCCGUCUAUUGGAAGCUUCUCUUUAGGAAUGAAUCCUCUAAACAUUCCUCAAGCAUUCGUCUGGAAUGGCAGUCAUCCAUAUUGGCGAAGUGGUCCAUGGAACGGUCAGAUCUUUAUUGGUCAGAUCUAUAUUGGAGUACCCAAAAUGAAUUCAGUUUUCCUCAAUGGAUUUGGAUUUCAGGUGGUUGAUGAUAAGGCAGGUACUGUUUAUGAAACUUUUACUCUGGCAAAUUCGUCUAUCUUUUUAUAUUAUGUCUUGACUCCCCAAGGAACAGUAGUGGAAACAUAUAGGGAGGACGGGAAGGAGGAGUGGGAGGUUACUUGGAGGAGCAAUAAUAGUGAGUGUGAUGUUUAUGGUACAUGUGGGGCAUUUGGAAUCUGUAAUUCAGGGAAUUCACCAAUUUGCAGCUGUUUGAGAGGGUACGAGCCAAAGUAUAUAGAGGAAUGGAGUAGAGGAAAUUGGACUAGUGGAUGUGUGAGGAAGAUGCCAUUACAAUGUGAAAGAACAAACAGCAGCGGUCAACAGGGCAAACUAGACGGAUUUUUUAGGCUAACAACAGUGAAAGUUCCAGACUUUGCGGAUUGGUCUCUUGCUCUCGAAGAUGAAUGCAGAGAGCAGUGCUUGAAGAAUUGUUCUUGCAUGGCUUAUUCAUAUUAUAGUGGCAUCGGUUGUAUGUCAUGGAGUGGAAACUUGAUUGAUUUGGGAAAAUUCACUCAAGGUGGGGCGGAUCUUUACAUUCGCCUUGCCAAUUCAGAACUAGAUAAGAAGAGAGAUAUGAAAGCAAUUAUUUCUGUUACAAUUGUAAUAGGAACAAUUGCCAUUGGCAUCUAUACAUAUUUCUCAUGGAGGUGGAGACGCAAACAAACAGUGAAAGAUAAAAGCAAGGAGAUAUUACUAUCUGACCGAGGGGAUGCAUAUCAAAUUUAUGAUAUGAAUAGGCUUGGAGACAAUGCAAACCAGUUUAAACUUGAAGAGUUACCACUUCUCGCCCUUGAGAAGCUGGAAACUGCAACAAACAACUUUCAUGAGGCCAAUAAGCUUGGGCAGGGAGGUUUCGGUCCAGUAUACAGGGGAAAAUUACCAGGAGGACAAGAAAUAGCAGUGAAAAGACUUUCAAGAGCAUCUGCACAGGGUCUAGAAGAAUUCGGGAAUGAGGUGGUUGUGAUUUCUAAAAUCCAACACCGGAAUCUUGUUAGACUUCUUGGCUACUGCAUUGAAGGAGAUGAAAAGUUGUUGAUCUAUGAGUACAUGCCAAACAAAAGCUUGGAUUCCUUUCUCUUUGAUCCUCUCAAGCGAGACUUUUUGGAUUGGAGAAGACGCUUCAACAUUAUCGAAGGGAUUGGAAGAGGCCUUCUUUACCUACACAGGGAUUCUAGAUUCAGAAUCAUUCAUCGAGACCUCAAGGCAAGUAACAUUUUGUUGGAUGAAGACCUGACCGCUAAGAUUUCAGACUUUGGUAUAGCAAGGAUAGUUGGAGGUAAUCAGGUUCAAGCCAAUACAAUGAGGGUGGUGGGAACCUAUGGCUAUAUGUCCCCUGAAUAUGCAAUGGAAGGACGAUUUUCAGAAAAAUCUGAUGUAUUCAGCUUUGGGGUGUUGUUAUUAGAGAUUGUAAGUGGGAGAAGGAACACUAGUUUUCAAUAUGAUGACCAGUACAUGAGCCUUUUGGGAUAUGCAUGGACACUAUGGUGCGAACACAAUAUCGAAGAACUAAUUGAUGAAAUAAUAGCAGAAGAAGGCUUUCAAGAGGAGAUAUCAAGAUGCAUACAUGUGGGACUGUUAGCUGUGCAAGAAUUGGCAAAAGACAGGCCAUCCAUUUCAACUGUUGUUUCUAUGCUCUCUAGUGAAAUUGCACAUCUUCCUCCCCCAAAGCAACCUCCAUUCUUGGAGAAGCAGAUUGAAUCUUCUCAACCGAGACAAAACAAAUAUUCUUCAAACCAAGUAACAGUUACAGUCAUUCAGGGCCGAUAGAAUAUGAUUAGGUGACAAUUAGUUUGAUUAUUUAUUUUUUAUGUGGGUACGUAUUCAAUUUGGUGACUUCAGUCUGAAGAACCCGAUCAUGUACUGCUAUCUAAUUUCUUGAUUUGGAUCCUUUAUUCUUUAGCAAAAUGUAUAUAGAUCUUCUACAAUGAGCUCAA